GCGCCUACAAUACUCUCACUGUGACACAAACCGGCGCCGACUGCCUUCAUAGAGAUAGAACCAGUAGAAUCCCGGACCCGGAUCCAAAAAUACAUACACAUUUACACCAGCGAUCCCGCCCAUAAGUUAGCCAAGUUCCCAUUACCACAAUGGAUAAUUGGAAUGUUUUGGCAGCCCAGACAUCAUCCCAAGCCAUUGGACGCGACGACCCCGGUGCGGCGGGAAAGACCCGACUGACCAUCGAGAAGCUGCCCGACAAGGUGCUGCUGCACAUCUUCUCGUAUCUGUCGCACCGCGAGAUUUGCCGCCUGGCCCGGAUUUGUCGCCGAUGGCGACAGAUCGCCUACGACACUCGCCUCUGGAAGAAUGUCUCCCUGCGGCCAGAGGUAUCUGGGCUGCAUGUGGGUUCCUUGGAGAUGCUGCUCCAGCUGAUAUCCGUUAGGUUUGGACCUACCCUGCGGUAUAUUGAACUUCCCAUUGAGUUGAUCACUCACACGGUGCUCCAUGAACUCUCCGCCAAGUGCCCCAAUCUCACCCAUAUGCUACUGGACUUUUCCACAGCUAUGCAGCUCCACGAUUUCAGCGAAAUGCAGGCUUUCCCCACCAAGCUCCGGUACAUGUGCAUCUGCCUCUCGGAGGUGAUCUUCAUGGAGGGCUUCAUGCGCAAGAUCUACAACUUCAUCAACGGCCUGGAGGUGCUCCAUCUGAUCGGCACCUACGAGAAGUGCGAGGAGGAGGAGGAGGAGAUCUACGAGGUCAUCAACGUCCACAAACUCAAGUCAGCCACGCCCAAUCUCCGCGUGAUCAAUCUUUAUGGCAUCAAUUUCAUCGACGACUCGCACAUUGACGCCUUCAGCUCCAAUUGCAUCCAGCUGGAGUGCUUGGCGGUCAACUUUUGCAACAAGGUCACUGGAUCCACUCUGAAGACCCUUAUCCAGAGAUCCAAGCGGCUCACCUGCCUGCUGAUGAAUGGAACCAGUCUGAAGUCCGAGUUUGUGAUGCAGGCCGAGUGGGACAAGUGUGCCUUGCAGGAGCUGGACAUCACGGCUACGGAUCUGUCCACCGAGUGUUUGGUGGACAUGCUGACCCGUAUACCCAGCUUGAAGUUCCUAUCCGCCGGACAGAUCAACGGUUUCAAUGACAGCGUCCUCAAGCAGUGGGUGGAGUCGGGAACAACUCGAUCCCUUAUCUCAUUGGAUCUGGACUCUUCGGACAACAUCACGGAUGAGGGUCUGCUGAAGUUCCUCCAGCGUCAGGGCCACCAAUUGAGCGCCUGCUGCCUCUCGGGAAUGCCUCACAUUACGGACCAGCUGUGGAUGAGCGUCUUGCCGCUCCUCGGAAACUGCAAAAUCAUUGUGAUGGGCACUGCUGAGAAACUGGGUGUGAACAUCCAUGUGGAUCAGCUUAUGGACACCAUUGCCUCCAACUGUGGCAACUUGGAGCGACUGGAGCUGCGCUGGGACCCGGACAAUCUUCGUUUCUCCGACAAAAGCCAAAAAGCCAUCGAUAUUCUGCGUGUAAAGUGUCUCAAACUGCGGUGCAUGGUUCUCAGCGAUGGUCGCUACUAUGAGACGGUUAAGGCCAACUUCGAGCGAGCUGAUCGUAUUACCGUGGUCCGAACCACCACCUGCUGUCGGGUUUCGCCUUAUCACUUGCUCCGCAACUAUAAUGACUUGAUUUUCAACUGAAGUGGAUAUUUCAAAAAUAACAGGCAGUGUGUUUCAGCAUCAAAAUUACAUAUUUUGAAACUCUUUAGGUUUUCAAACAAUUAGGCACGUUCUUAUCAAUGAAACACACUCCAGUUAAUGUUAAUAUUCUUGUUAUCCCACCCACGACUCUAGUCAAAAGGCUACACAAUGGUUUCUGUGUGUGUUUCGCUUAAAUUAGACUGUUUUUUGUUGUUUUCUGUAUUUUCCGCUUCUUUCGUUUAAUUACAUUAAAUCUAAAUAAACGUACAUAGGUAAUUAAAAUAAAAACAAAA